AUGACCAGAGUUUUGGACUUGGUUCGCCCUUUUCUUCCGUAUUUACCGGAAGUACAAACACCAGCGCGACGGGUGCCUAUCAAGGAGCGGCUCAUAUGGAGUCUCGUGGCACUCGCCGUUUACCUGAUCGCCUGCCAGAUACCUCUGUACGGCUUUUUGAACACUGGGGGCUCUGAUCCGUUUUACUUGAUGCGUUUGGUAUUGGGUGCGAGUUCGAGAGGCACCAUUAUGGAGCUCGGUUUUUCGCCGAUCGUGACUUCGGGCAUGAUCAUACAACUGCUAGCGGGCGCGCGUAUCAUCGAGGUAGACUACUCGAACAAGCUCGAUCGUAUGCUCUUUGAAGCUGCUCAGAAGCUGGUUGGAAUAUGUUUCGCACUCUUUGAAGCGAUCGUCUAUGUAUACUCGGGAAUGUAUGGUCCGGUAUCUUCGCUGGGCCACGUGCGGGCAGCGCUUCUCAUUGGGCAGCUCUUCUGCGCUAGCGUUGUCGUGAUGCUUUUGGACGAACUCUUGCAGAAAGGGUAUGGGCUGGGCUCGGGAAUUAGUCUCUUCAUCGCAACGAAUAUAGCGGAGACGAUUGUGUGGUCUGCGUUCUCGCCGAUGACGAUCAACAUCGGUCGUGGUUUGGAGUUCGAGGGCGCUAUCAUCGCCCUCUUUCAUUUGCUGCUGACGCGCACGGACAAGACCCGCGCACUCUACGAGGCGUUCUAUCGCCAGGAGCUACCGAACCUCAGCAACCUACUGGCGACGGUGGUGGUGUUCAUGGUUGUUAUCUACCUGCAGGGACUGCGGAUCGAUUUACCUAUCAAGUCGGUGAAAGUUCGCGGACACGUCUCGUCGUACCCCAUCCAGCUUUUCUACACAAGCAAUACGCCAAUCAUUUUGCAGUCGACGCUGGUAACGAACCUGUACUUCUUCUCGCAAAUUCUUUGGAAGCGAUACCCUAACAUGUUCAUUGUGCAGGUAUUUGGGAAAUGGGCACAGUAUCGCGAUACCGGCCAGUUUGUGCCAAUUGGUGGCCUCGCGUACUACAUCAGCAAGCCGCGCAACCUGGGAGAUAUGCUGGUGGAUCCGGUUCGUGCGCUAUGCUACGUUGUUUUCAUGCUGGUCUCGUGUGCGAUCAUGUCGUAUCUCUAUAUCGAGGUAUCGGGCAAGAGCGCUCGCGACGUUGCAAAGCAGCUGCGCGAUCAAGAGUUGACCAUCAAAGGGCACCGUGACACCUCGCUCGUGAAGGAACUGAACCGCUAUAUUCCAGUUGCGGCUGCGUUUGGCGGUGUUCUAGUUGGCUUACUCACAGUGGUGGCGGACCUAACCGGUGCCAUCGGCAGCGGUACCGGUAUCCUUUUGGCCGUCACUAUUAUCUACGAGUACUCGGCUGCUUUGGCUAAGGAGACCCAGAACGGCUCCAGUCCGCUAGCAUUUUUCGAAUAA